AUGCAGUUCGUGCCAUUCGAUCAAUUGGCGCUAAAGUGGGGAUUGCCGUCAGAUCAACAUACCUGGUCUGGAGAAUCCAAAUUCACGGACGUCAAUUACACGCUGGAAUACCGCGCCGGUGAAGGAAACCAGUCCGCACGGAUUGUCUGGGCUCCAGUUAGCUGCUAUCAACCUGAAUUAACCGCAAUAAUUAUUCCCUUCCGAAACCGAUUUGCUAAUCUAUCCGUCUUCCUCCACCAUAUGCAUCCGCUUCUGCGACAUCAACGGCGACGCUACACCAUUUUCCUUAUUGAACAGGUAAAACCGGAAGUCUUCAAUCGAGCUGCACUUUUCAAUAUUGGAUUCAGGGAGGCUUCUAAAGUAGCCAAUUACUUACUUCCUGAGGAUGACAGGAUGAUAUACGGCUGCGAGAAGGAACCACUUCACAUGACUGCACACAUUGACAGGCAUAAUUACUCAACACCUUACAAAACUAUAUUUGGUGGGGGUGUGGCGAUGCACCCAAUCCAAUUUAAAAAAGCUCGUGGAUUUCCAAAUACUUACUACGGAUGGGGUGGUGAAGACGAUGACAUGUCUCAGCGGUUAACACUUUCCAAGCAAAAUAUAUUGAGACGCAACUCUACAGUUGCUCGGUACAAGGAUAUGAAGCAUGACAUGGAGCCUGGAAACGAUUAUAACCCAACAAGCGUUUUGAAACAGGAGGAGAACAUCGGCGAGGCCUACGGCGUGAAACUUGGGGAUUGA